AUCAUAGUGGUAGCUGUGGUGAUAAUGAUGAUUUGUGUAUCCAACAUGAGUAAAUUGAGAAUGUGUGUUUAUGCAGAAUGAAUGGUGACCUUGCCGCAAAACUAAAGUACCUGUUCCUGGGUCAUUGAUGAAACUCUCUUAAGAAGACAACAACAAAACUAAAAUUAUGAACUAUAUGUAUUACUGAUUUGGAGUGCUGCAGGACACAAGAUCACAGUUCACUUGCAACGUUGAUUCCUUCGACAUUCAAACAAGUUUCAACAUUUUAUUCAAAAUGCAGAUUAAAGUUAUAUCAUUCCUCGCCUGUCUUGCUGCAGUCAGUGCUGGUCUUUUGCCUGAAGCUUCCCCGGAAAACUUUGAUUCACAUCCCAAUUAUAACUUUAAAUAUAGUGUGGAUGAUGCCAUAACUGGUGACGUUAAAACUCAGACCGAGACUCGUGAUGGCGAUAAUGUGCAAGGUCAAUACACCCUUAAUGAUGCUGAUGGUUAUAAACGUAUAGUUGACUACUCUUCGGAUGCUGUUAAUGGUUUUAAAGCUGUUGUUCGUCGGGAGCGUUUGGAAAAUGUACCUGCUAAAAUAGUUGUGCCACAACAAGUUGUAACUAAAGCCCCAAAAUAUAUAGCACCUAAACCUGUCACUACUACUGUUGUACAUCAUCACCAACCCACUGUCUACCAUCAAACUCCUCAAACUCUACAUUUCUUACAUUCAUCACCAUCGGCAGCAAUUGUUAAAUCAGCUCCUGCUUUAAUUUCCACAACCACCACCCAUCAUCAUUCACCAGCCAUAGUACAUCAUAGCCCAACAGUAGUACAUCAUGCACCAGCAGCUGUGGUCCAUCAUGCUCCCGCUUUAGUUAAGACAUCGAUUAGCACACCUCAUCAUGUUUCUUACCUCCAUUAUCAUCAUUAAAUCCAUGUUGAAAUUUGUUAAA